UAAAAGCUAUAAACAAAGUAAACAAUCCAUCGGACAAGGAAUCAGAUAAUGUCCAGUACCCAAAAAUUGAAAUAGUGCAAAAAGCCAUAGCAUGCCUCACAAACUGUGCACAAGAAAAAACACAACUGAGUAAGUCAAAUGGAGAGAAGCGGAAAUUUUAGCUCUGCAAGUCAAAAUUGAUGCGGCAAACAGAAUAUUGAAUCCAAGGAUGCAUCAACACAAGUUCAUACGAGCUUCAGUAAAAAAACGCAAAAUGGGAAAUAUGUUAAACUAUUAAUGCUACAAAAGUCGAAAAGGAAAGCUCUUAAGGAAAAGCAAAUAUUAACAACCAAUGUUACAGUAGAAAGCCAGUCAAAAAAAAUUAAACCAAAAAUUAAUCAUGUACCACCACCACCACCAAAAAUAUUGCCUAAGACAACCUUAAAUGACAAAAAAAGAACUGAAAACACUAUAGUGGUGUUGCCAGCUGCCCCAUACAUGUUUCCCCAAAGACCAUUAUUCUUGCCAGCCGUGCCACCAGCUUUUCUUAUAGUGGAUCCAAACAUUCAGACUUUAAAUAAACCAUCUGUGCCCACUGUGAAUAGGACAGGAGUAGAUACAACUAAAACCACCAUGGUGAACAUUUUACCAAUAUCUGCGUACUCGCGACCAUUAUCAGCAACCAAAACAAAAAGAGUAAACUCGAAAUCUAAAAAUGAUACCAUUAAAAAAGUAAAAAAGAAACCGAAUAUACCAAAACCAGCUAAAGAACUAGUAAAAAGGAAACAACCUAACAAUGUCACUGAUAAAGCAAACUUGAAAAGUAAUGACAAUCCACCUAAAGAGAAAAAAAAAGAAAUCUUAGCAACUGAUACGGAAGUGAAAUGUCCAAAAGAUCCAAUAACCAAAAUGAAACCUUCAGAUGUAGUAGAUGAUACUGUUGUCCCAACUCAAAAAAAGAAAGAGGACGAAAGUGGUGUCACGAACAAUAAAAUCUCUAUUAAUACGUCAAAAUCAGAAGAAAAACCAAACUUAAUCACAAUAAAAACCGCUGAAAAGGUAAAUUUAAAUGAAAAUCAAAAGGCGACUGCACCACCUGUUCCAACUAAUAGAAAUGAAAUCCUCAAAGAAGUUAACAUUUCUAUGAAAUCAACCACGGUAGAGGAUAAAGACAAAGAAAAUAAAUUACCUAAUAUUCUAGAUACUUCUCUGUGUGAGAGUGGAGUAGAUGCUGGAAAUGCUCGGCUAGAGUUAGCUGAGGAAUUCUUGGCUGCCUCGCCUACAGCUGCAUUCCUGAUGUCUUUUCCCCUCGUCAGUGGUAAUCGCGCUGAUAGUCCAGCGGAAGACGCGCCAAAUACCAUUCACACCAACGUCAAAGACACUAACUCACAAAUAACUAUGCCUCCUGCACCAAACGAGAUAUAUUUUGAAAAACCGACAGCUAAUAAUGACGUCAAAACAAAACCAUUACAUAAACAACCUAGCUCGACAGCAAUUUCUGAAAAACAGACGCCACAAAAUAAAUAUUUAGACAACAAUAUCAUCAGCAAAGCGGUAGCGAAAACGUCUACCUCCGUUGCAUCGUCAAAUCCGUCCAAUGAAAAUCCUUUCUUGAGUUUACCAACGCCAUCACUUAUAGUAACAACGACGCAGUCUGAUACAUUCGGCCUGGACUUUGACUGCAGUAUAAGCAAGUCCAUCCCGAGCCAGUCGUCUUCCUACGUCAGCAACAGUAACUUAUUUUACAAGAGCGACCCGUUCAAUGCUGUCAAGAGCAGUAUUUAUAGCACCAGCAGUAUAGCUUCCGGGCACGAAUUUAACAGCCUUGGACUCUACCCAUGUGCAAUGGAGAAAUACAGUAAAAACAAAUCAGAUUACACAAAUGUUGAAGAUAAUCUUAUGAAGAUUGGAUCUUCUCGGUUAACAUACGACAUUGAUCUCGGUUGGUCACAUAAAGGAUUCGAUUUUGUAAAUUGCACAACAAAUUCCAAUACAUUUAGUAAAGACAUCCUGACCACAGGCACAGCCCCAACAUAUUCUUCGUCUUACAAUCCAUUUAACCCGGAAUUUCACGUGCCGCUGGUAUCAGCAUCGAGUAAAAAAGAUUCUUCGAGCAAACCCAUGGCUUCAUUUGCGGAAACCAUAACAAGCUUUUAUUCAACUCCACAACCUACGAACCUAUGGUCAGAAGAUAUGUGCUUUUAUAACAAUAGUAGUACUUCUAAAACAUUGACGAAUAAACACCAGAAUUAUCUCCAUCUAGAACACACCCAACCAAAUGCUUCAAUCAAACCUGCUGUGACCAAACAAUAUGAAAUCAAAAGCAUCCCCGAUCCCAGUUUGCAAAAUAAUGUGAAACCACCUAAUGAAACCAUUAGGCAGCAAUUACCUGAAAAAUACAACAAAAAGUCACCAAAUAAAAUGCACAUCAAUUGGAUGACGUCCGAGCUGCGGCCAAUGCAAAACAUUUGCAAUCCACCACAAUCUGAAAUGAAAGAACCUCACAAGCAACCGUAUGGUCUAGUAGAACACUCUUCUAAAAAGCAAGACCAACACGAAGGAAAUUAUUUCCCUAUUGCCAUACAUAAUUUUGCGACUCAACCUACUCAAGAAGAUUUUCAGGUUUGGCCCUCGACGAGACCUCUGGGUACCACGGAAAUAAGCAUUGAACCUCCUCCUAUAAAUCUACCGACAUUGGUCGGAGAUCUGGCUUUAGGACCCCACGAUAAGAAGAAAAAUGCAGAUUUAUCAAACAGAAUUGGGGUCCAGCCAGACAUUCAGAACUGUGGUAACUUCUUAUCUGUUACCCAACUCAUGAAUCGUUCUUCCGACAAUGCAACCUCACGAUAUCAUGGCUCUACUACGGAAACUGCCAAACCGAUUGCUGCAAAACAAAGUAAUGCGCAAUUCUCUACUGAUGUCAAUCGUAAACCGAUGUCAUCACGCGCUGAAAUUAAUUUACCGCAACCAUGUUAUGUAUUUAACGAUCCGAAGCAUUCUUAUGAAAAUAUGGGCCAAUUUUCGCAACUUAAGUCGAAAACAAAUAAGUCUGAUAAAACUACAAAGGCUCAUAAAAAUAGUUAUUCUGCAGAAGCUUUAAUUCGAAGUGGUAAUUGCACGCAGAAGGUUCAAGAUCACAUCGGUCCAAAGUUCAUGACUCCGUCGCAAAAGUACGGUGACUUCAAUACGUCACAAGAUACGAGUGUAGCUCAGGUGUCACAUUUUCCUCCUAUACUGGAUUAUUCCGAUAACAGUUACACUGGCCAACAAUUUUCCGGAACAACAUUGUAUAACGCCACCACUAAUACUAUAUCGAAUUCAUUCUAUUCUAACUUCAUGUCGGGCAGUGCAAAUAUAAUGACCGGCAGCUACACAAGUGGUCCUUUCACUGGAGAGUUUAUGGAUUACAAUCAAGCGGAGUGCAAUUAUUCCAACAAUAAAUACGAAGAGUUUAAAAUGCGCGGUAACCCAGUCUUCCAAGAUAAAGUUCCUUCUAAUUACAAGAGUUCUAGACGAGAGUCUGGUACCAAGCACAAACUGGAAUGUUCCAAAAAAGAGAGUAAAAAGUAUCAAAACAAGCGUGCGAAAGUGACAGAAACGGAGGAGUGGAGCGACGCUAACUUGUUCUGGCAGAACAAGGGCCAGAGUAAGAAGGGUCCGAACAUGUUGCCGGAGGAGCUGUCGUUCGCAAACUACGUGGGGAACGGCAUGGCGCCGCAGUACCAGCACGAGCUGUUCAACAGCCACCUGGUGAACGCGCCCGCCGACCGCUCGCUCGCGACCUUCCCUGCUACGUCGCGCGCCAAUUUCAACCUCAGCACCAUAUUCCGGAAAUAACAAUGAAAGUGCAGUAAAUGGCGUCCAUAAAUAAGGAUUAAUUCUACGUCUUGGAAUUUCUGAAUGGUAUACGCAUCCACCUAAGUAUUUAUCUGUGAUGUUGAAUAAGUAUUACUGGAUUAUAAGUUAUAUAAAUUAAAUGUUUGUAUAGUUGGUAAAUAUGA